CCGGCGGGGCAGGACUCGGCACUGUGAUUUUCUCUUCCCGUGACCUCGGCGCCGGAGUGACACCCGCGCGUCCGCCGGACCAGAGCAAUGGGCCUGCUCUCAGAGCUGAAGCUGGCUGUGCCCUGGGGCCACAUCGCCGCCAAAACCUGGGGCUUCCCUCAGGGCCCCCCAGUUCUCUGCCUGCACGGCUGGCUGGACAAUGCCAACUCCUUCAACAGACUCAUCCCUCUUCUCCCGCAAGACUUCCAUUAUGUUGCCAUGGAUUUUGGAGGUCAUGGGCUGUCGUCCCAUUACAGCCCAGGUUUCCCAUAUUACCACCACAACUUUGUGUGUGAGGUCCGAAGAGUCGUGGAAACCAUGAAAUGGAAUCGCUUUUCCAUCAUGGGCCACAGUUUCGGUGGCACUGUGGCUGGAAUGUUUUCCUGUAUAUUCCCUGAGAUGGUGGAUAAACUUAUCCUGCUGGACUCGGUGCCAUUUAUCGUGGACUCCAACGAAAUGGAGAACCUGGUGACCUACAAGAGGAGAGCCAUAGAGCACGUGCUGCAGGUGGAGGCCUUGCAGAAGCCCCCGAGCGUGGUCAGCCUGAAGGAGAUGAUACAGGGGUUCAUGAAGAACAGGCCCAUGAAUGAGGAUUGUGCGGAGCUCAUCCUGCAGAGAGGAACCACGAAGGUGGGCUCAGGUGUGAUGCUGAACAGAGACCGGAGGGUCGCUUCGCUGGAGAACUCCUUUGAUUUCAUCAGCAAGGAGCUGUUUGUGCACGCCAUCCAGAAGCUGCAGGCCCACGUCCUGCUUCUCAAACCAACUGAAGGAUUUUCUGACCUGAGAAGAGAGAACGACGCCAAGACAGAGGCCCUGCUCUUCAUGAUCGACAUGCUGAAAUCUGUCCUAAAAGAGCAGUUGCAGUAUGUGGAGGUCCCCGGCAGUCACUAUAUCCACAUGGAGGAGCCCCAGCAGCUGGCUGGCAUCAUCAGCUCCUUUUUGCAGAGCAAGCAUAAGACCACAGCCCAGGCCGGGCGCGGUGGCUCACGCCUGUAAUCCCAGCACUCUGGGAGGCCGAGGCGGGUAGAUCGC